AACUGAGAUUUCUAUUUAUUAUUAUUUUUACAAAAAACAAACAGAAGCUUAACAAAAUGUAUAUUUCCUGUAUGCUUGGGAGAUACCCAAGAAAGCUGACUAAAACUCCCCCCAGUGGCCCAAGCUGAUACCUCAAAUACCAUUUUCAGCUAAAGACAAAAGAGGAUGUUGGGGAUAGUAUUACAGGAAGGAAGGCAAUUCACCAAAGUUGAAAGGAGCAAAUGAUGGUAAACAAGUAUUUGUUGAGCCUUGUAGAGACAGUGGGACAGAGAGAAAUUUUAACAAACAGACUUUGCUAGGUGCCUCCCUGUCUACACACCUAGUUUGUACUAUACUAUAAUUAUCCCCGUAACUAUCUUCCUGGAGCAAGUCCCCUACCUACAUUCUGUCGACUGAAAAAAACGCACAGCCUAAAAGGUGGCCCUGGUGACUGAGAUGGCAUCCUCUCUAAAGGUCCUAGGCCCUCUCUUGGCCCUGCUGUUCCCUCUAUGUGGGCUCCUUGUACACAGCCAGAACGUUUCCUGGAGGGAAUUCGUGAAACAGCACCACCCUAGCACAAACUGGGAAUUCAGCAAGUACAAGUGCAGUGAUCUGAUGAGGGAAAGAGGUGUUUCAAAAGACAAGAACUAUCACAUCUUCGUCUAUACCGUAUGGCACAAAAUUGAGCAUAUAUGCAUCAGGAACUGGAGAGAUCACUACAGAAGUGUAUAUAUAUGGGCUCCAUAUCCCUUCAAAACACUCAAGUGCUACCGGAAGAAUAGCAAAAACAACUACAAAGAUUACAAGAGCUACAGCUACAUUGAAUUCCAUUGUGGCAUGAAUGGGUUUGUUGAUGGCAUAGAGGACGUGCAGUUGUUAGAAGAUAUCAGCAACUAGAAAGUUGACCCACACCCACAGGUUUUAGCCUUCAGUGCUUCCCAAGUGGUGGCCCCUCCCUGCACCAAGAGCCCUUGCAUUUAUUUGCCAGUGUUUUCCAACUACUGAGAGUUAUGUUUCACGUGGUUUCUUACUAUCGUAACUUUGCCUAUGUUGUUUCUUUGACUGGAAUACCCUUCUGUCCUUAUUUACCUGAUUUACUUCUACAUUUUUGAAAAGAUUCAGCUCAUAUGGAAUUUCUUUUUGACUAACCCAGGAAUUUUCCUGAUAUUGACUCUCCUUAUAACUUUGCAAGUGGAAUGAUCUUCCCAUCCCUAAAUAAAUUUUAUCAUUCCAAUGUGUGAAAUUUAUUUAUGUGUCGUGUGAUUAGCAUGGGUGUUAUAAUUGUGAGUUAUAUAGCUUAUGCUUGAAUGUGACUUGUGCUGUAUGUAGGUUUAAAGUGUGUUAUAUGUGUGUGUCUAAUAUGUGUAAUAGACUUGUGUGUAUGAUGAAAGUAUAACUGUUUAUGUGCUAAGCUGGGGAAAAGUUGUGACCUAGGCAUUGAUUGUGGGGAUAUGCUGAGUUCCCAUACCCACCCAGAUUGAUGGGUGUGGCCAGAGCUGAUAAGGUACAAAAUAUGUAUCAUGUUCCUGGCACAUAGCAGGUGCUCAGUCAACACUGAUUUUCUUCCUUUCUAUCCUUUGACUUGGUAUUUUAAUUUUGACUUUGACAAAACAAACAUGACGAGUGCCCAUCAAUUGUCUCCUCUCCCUGGAUUUCUUUAAGAAUGUCUGUAAGGAGGCUAUUGCAUUUUAGAUGAGUUACGGUAGUAUGUAUGUUUCCUGAUGAAUAAUACAUUAAGUAGAAGAUAUGAACACAAAUGAGUUUAUCUGAUAAAAACCGUUUUCACUUGGCAGAGAUAUAGGGUAGGGCUAGAGGUCUUUAAAAUGAAACUCUCAUCAAGAGUGGGGCUUAGGGACUUCCCUGGGCACGGUGGUUAAGAAUCUGCCUGCCAAUGCAGGACACACGGGUUCGAUUCC